CUCACUCUCACAGUAGCGUAGACUGUAGUGUGCAAAAACCGCAAUAUAUUUUUGUAUAACUGCUCUAUCGAAUCUGUACCAGCAGCUCAGAUUGUGCAGGAAGGGGUGCGAGCUACUCUGCGAAAGAAAUGAGGCCUCAAAUAGUUUUGUUUGGGGACUCAAUAACGCAGCAUUCUUUUGGAUCGGGCGGUUGGGGUGCCGCCGUUGCCGAUGCUUACUCCAGGAAGGCGGAUGUAGUACUUCGUGGUUACAGCGGAUACAACACUAGGUGGGCGCUCUUCUUGUUGAAUCAUAUUUUUCCUCUGGGAUGGGAAAAACCUCCAAUUGCGGCUACAAUAUUUUUUGGGGCCAACGAUGCUGCUCUGUUAGAUGGCACUGGUAAAAAGCAGCAUGUUCCUGUGGAAGAAUACAAGAACAAUUUGAGAAAAAUGGUCGAACAUAUCAAGAGCUUGUCCUCCAAGACAAUUGUUGUUCUUAUAACUCCACCUCCCAUAGAUAUUGGAGGGCGACGUGAAUAUGCAAGGUCUCGCUAUGGCGACAAGGCUUCGAAUUCACCUGAUAGGACAAAUGAAAUCACAGGAAUAUAUGCUGAAGAGUGUGUUGCUUUAGCUGAAGAACUUGGUCUUCCUUCAGUCAAUCUGUGGUCUAAGAUGCAGGAAAUCGAUGGCUGGCAGAAGUUUUUAAGCGACGGCCUGCACUUGACAAGCGAAGGGAAUGCUUUUGUUUCCAAAGAAGUGAUCAAGAUACUUGAUGGGGCUGGAUUCUCGGACCUACCUUACGACUUUCCAAUGCAUUCGGACAUCGAUGAGGAGGAUCCCGGGAAAGCCUUUGCACAACAAAUAUCUGCAGUGUAAUUCAUUUGGCUGGUUACUGCUGCAGAUUUAUUUCGACAAUUACAAUCACAUUUUUGCCGGGUAUUACUUCAUGUUUAUGCUUACUCGGAAUUAAUACAUUUUAUGCUCUGUUCACCAAUAAUAUAAUACAACACGUUUUUUUUGUAAUUUUUUCUGACCUUACUGUGAUUAGUUCAAACAAUUUGCAGUUUGUAUUUCA